GCAGAUCAGCUGAGCUCCUCACAUGACAACUCAUCAGUCUCGGUCUUGCACACACAGUAAAUUGCAGUACUUUAUUACCGGCGGAUUAUAGUUUCCAUGCCCGACGGAAAACCGUAGCUACGGAUAGAUCAUCUGACUCUUCGUCUGGGCUGAGACGAUUUCAGAAUGGUUACCAGCAGUACGAAAAGCUGAACUGCGGACAUCCACGCCCGUCCCGUAACGCCGCAUAGAUAUUAUCCGGAGGAUUUGCCGAGGUCCCUUCGCUGGGUACAAGGACAAGAUCGCGAGAUGGGUCCGGAUAAAAAGAUGCUUCUUAAUAUCGUCAUCUUGGGGUUCGGGUUUAUGUUUAUGUUUACCGCCUUUCAAACCUGCGGCAAUGUGGAGCAAACGGUAAUAAAGAAUUUUAACAGCUCCGAGUUCCAUGGCAGCGGAUAUACAAGCAUGGCCAUCAUCUAUGGCGUUUUCUCUGCAUCCAACUUGAUCGCUCCCUCCGUGGUGGCUGUGGUGGGGCCUCAGCUGUCUAUGUUCGUCAGCGGCCUGGUGUACAGUGGUUAUAUUGCAGUGUUCAUCUAUCCCCUGACCUGGUCUUUUUACAUGGCCUCUGUGCUUGUCGGAAUAGCGGCCGCAGUGUUAUGGACUGCCCAGGGUAACCUCCUGACAAUCAACUCCACAGAGCACACCAUUGGGAGAAACAGUGGAAUCUUCUGGGCUUUGCUGCAGUGCAGCUUGUUCUUUGGGAACCUGUAUAUAUAUUUUGCUUGGCAUGGCAAAGUCCACAUAUCAGACAAGGAUCGCCGGACGGUCUUCAUCUCCCUGACUGUCAUCAGCCUAGUGGGCAGCUUCCUGUUCUUUCUCAUCAGAAAGCCCGACCCCAACGCGGGCGUCUCCGAGGCGUCCGAAUCGCUCCUGCCACCCGACGGGGUCUCUGACAAGAGCUCUGAGCCGUCACCUCAAGGGCUAUGCUCUCAGGCUCUGGAAGCUUUCAAGAAAGCUAUGAAGCUGUUUUGUACCAAGGAGAUGCUGUUGCUAAGUGCCUCCAUCGCAUACACAGGCCUGGAGCUGACGUUCUACAGCGGUGUCUAUGGGACCUGCAUCGGCGCCAUGACUCGCUUUGGGGAGGACGCCAAGGGUCUCAUCGGCCUCUCUGGCAUUUUCAUCGGCGUGGGGGAGAUACUGGGAGGUAGUGUCUUUGGGAUGCUGAACAAGAGCAACCGAUUUGGGAGGAAUCCAGUGGUCCUGCUGGGCUUGUUCACCCACUACCUGGCUUUCUACCUGAUCUUCUUGAACAUCGCCAGCGAUGCGCCCAUUGCCCCCGAGGAGGGAACAAAUCUGCAGGCCUUCUUAACCCCGAGUAAGGAAGUGGCAUUGCUGUGCAGUUUUCUGCUGGGUUUGGGGGACAGCUGCUUCAACACCCAGCUGCUGAGCAUCGUGGGAUUCACGUUCCCUGAGGACAGCGCCCCAGCCUUUGCCGUCUUCAAAUUUGUACAGUCCAUCAGCGCGGCGGUGGCCUUCUUCUACAGCAACUACCUCCUCCUGCAGUGGCAGCUGCUCAUCAUGGUGCUGGCCGGCUUCUUCGGGACCCUGACCUUCUUCAUGGCGGAGUGGGUGUCCGUGUCCAAGCGGCGUGACUCUGACUAUGACAGUAUCUGACCGGAGGGGGGAGGGGCGGAGCGGGGCGUACUGGUAAGUGGGGUGGCAGACCGGUCCUGAUCAGUCCUGGGGGGCCAUCCAUCAACAGAUAUCUUCUGCCCACUACUCCCACCCCGCCUGGCCUCCUGCCCCCUGGAGCUCCCCGUUCUUCAGUGCUGCUGCCAGAGGAGGCUUCACACUGGAACCCAAGGGUCCUCGCAAGUCCUUCACCUUCUUUCCUGAUCUGAAAGAGGAUGUUUCUUCUGCACUGAAGAGUGGAAUUUUCCCAGCUGGUUUAAUCGACUUGCAUGGGACAGCAGUGACAGUCUGGCUUCAGUUCUGCUAAAUAUGUGAAAUGAGCUCAGGCGCUAUGUUAGGAAUAAGUCUGUGUAAAGUUUAAAGAAAACUUCUUUUUACCACAGAUCAGUCUGGCUUGAGAAAAAAAGGACAGCAACAGCAGUGAAGCAAAUAUUAGCAGUUUUAUUCAAAGGGGGAAAUGAUAGAAUCGUUCUCUCUCUCUACCAUAUAUGCUAUAUACAAAGAAAUGAAAAACAGCCAUCACAAGUGGAAAAUUGGGAAAUUGCACAUAAAAUACUGAAUAUUCAUCCAUUUUGGUGAUUCAAUGUACUUCAAAUUUUAAAUAUUUACACAGAUAUUUUUUUAUUCAUUUUUAUUCAUCGGUUUGGAUGUUCCUUUUUUUUUAAACUUCCACCAGUUAUCUGAGCCAUGUUGCAAAACACACGAUGUACACGUAAUAAGGAUUUUAACUGUCUGAAAUGCAGCUGUGGGUGAAGAACUGUAAAAGCAAGAAGAGAAAUGGACUUUGAUUGUUGCAGGUAGUGAAAGCAUUUCACUGUAAAAAACAAAAAACAACAAUCAUUUGGAGUUGCACUGUUCAUAGCUAUCGUGGACAUGUUUUAGUGAUGGCUUACAACCUAGAAAUCUUGGCAGCCUCUAAAUGAUGUGGAAGCUCCUGACAGAGAAGCCAGGAUUCUGACAUUCUCCCAAUGCAUAGUAGGUUCUCCAUUGUAGGUUUUAUGCAGCUCUUAAAUACAUCAACUCAUGUCAAACUUCUACCCUAUAGAAAAUUUGCAAUGACAGAUGUGAUCAGAUAUUAUCCCAGGUUUAAAGUAAUGUGCCACCCUGAAAGCCAUGUUUUUGAAGAUUAUACCUUAGCGUCUUACAAGACAUGACCGGAUCACUCAACCGCUGGUACCCAAAUGAGCUAAAUGGGCAGAGUGGUGCCCUCUCAUUUGUAACCUUUAUUAAGUUCUGCUGAUUGUCAAAUAUACUGCUCUGCUGCUCUGUCAUUAGUUUGACCAAGAGUCUGUUUGCUCAUAUUGCCUAUAAUGGACUGAAGUGUUGCACUUUGGGGAGUCUUUGCUGUUGCCCUUCUAUGUUGUUACCCCUUUGUUUAAAAAAAACGCAGAUGCAUGCAUGUUGUUGAUUUAUUGAUUAGGAGGAAGGUUGGUGUUGUCCUACCAGCAUCCUUGCCAGAGGCUUCGGUUUCAAAACGUGAUGCUGGACUUCUCUGUUUGGAGUUAAAAAUUUUAUGGCUGCCUGACAUAAAAGUGCCAUUACUUAAGUAUCAGUCCUCCUAGGUUUUCAUAUCACUUUGUAUCCUGGACAUAUUUUCCAACUCAGUUUUGACUUUUGGGAUUUUUUUCUCAGGGUAAAAAAUGUUUUUGUUUUUGAGGUAGAUGGACAAAUAGCAGCAAGAACAUAUGACACAUUUUCCCCAGAGAUCAGGGAACCCCAUUCCUGGUCCUGGAAGUCAGUGUCUCUCCAGAUGGACUCUCAGUGACCUGAAUCACCUUAUUAUUGACUUAAUUGACCAGUUUAAUACCCUCUUCCAGUGCUGUAGGUUCUGCUGCUUUAAAGAGACCUGGAAAAACUACAGACACACCGGCCCUCCAGGACCAGGACUGGACACCCCUAGACUGAAAUAAACUUCAGUCUAGGCCUGUACUGUACUAAAAAAGGAAAUCUUAUUUAAUUACCACUGUCGAGGUUGUCAUAUAUGAAAAGCUGGUCCUAAUUAAUUGAACAAGAAUGCAUCUGAUUUAACCUAAAUAUCAGUGCUUACUCCUGCCCUGUAGGUCGUGUUCUCCUGUUGAUAAUUGUGAAUGCAGUGCAUGGUGGUGCAUAAGUGCACAGGAGCAAACUCCGUCAUCCUACACGCAUGGAAUAGGGGCAGGACCACUUCCUUUCAGAGCAGGGAAAAAAUGCACACAGAAGCAGUAUCCGCCAGAGAUGUACAUUGUGAAAGGGAUACUUACAAUGGACUCCAUGACAGGACUCCACGAACACUGAGGUGUGCUCCACCCCUGGGGUUCAUUCUCCAAACACUGUCCCCCAUGUUCUCCAUUUGCAAGAGAAAAUCCUUUUUGAUCUCCCCCAUGCUUCUUUAACACUGCCUUCCCAGCUGUGACAUGCUGAUGUUUGGAGCUGCAGUUCCUCUUGCAAUGGGUUCAGAUAUUUUUCUCGUUUUUAUGUUUAAAGGUGCAGAGUGUCUACGUUUCUAAACACAGCUAUGAAAGCUUGGUCCAGACAGCAACUGUGCCAGUUAAAUGGAAAUAGUGGUAAACAGGGAAAUAUAGGUCCCUGUAUUCAAAACACUGAGGUGCUUCAAUCACUAUAGGAUUUAAUGGGAAUGGGAAUUUAAUCGCAUUAGUGUUUCAAAAUGGAGUCUAUAGUGCCCUUGUGCUAUUUUCUAUUUCACAAAUCCUUUGAUCACAUAACUUUCUUCCAGGAUUCCUUUAAGAUAAAUACGGUACUGUAUUCACUACAGUGUUUGUAAGAUAAAUGCAUUCGAUGAAGAAUAAAGCUUUGCAACAGGAAGCUUGAGAAACAGAAAUCGUGGGUAUAGUUUUUAUGUUGAAUCGCUCGGUAUUUUUGUUAUACCUACCAGAUUUGGAAUCGCGCGUUUUGAAGUCUUCAGGUCUUCACGAUGUGAACCAGGACCAGCAGUGGCAUAUGCCUGCAAUAACCUAGUAGACCACAAGGGGCGCUGUGUCGCCGAGAAUUGGAGAGAGCCCUGGUGGACUAAUCACAUCCUACCUUCGGUAUUGCUCAGCUAGAGAUAAAGACUCAAGUCGAACCCGGGAUCACAGAGCUCAGAAGUGGUAAUUGUCGGGGUUUUCAUGGCAAGCAGGUCUUUUCUGAAUAUGAUUACUUUGAUCAAGUUUAAUGAGGGGUAAAAAUGGAACUAUUGCUGCAAAAACUUUGAGAACGAUGAAAUUAAGACAGUCAUAGAAGGAUUCUCUCCUCCCGAUUAAUUAGGAUGUCCAUUGUGAUGAGGGGCAAAUUAGAAAGCAAGAACGUUUGUAGCAAAGCCUCAAAGAGCACCCUGGUAACAGCACAGCAGACGUAUGUAUUAUAGGAACACCAUCACACUACUUAUUAACAUCCCUACUUGACACAAGGUAAAGACAGCACAGUUCUUUAUAACCUUUGGUUUCUGAAUAAUCAAUGGGUAUGAAAAUCCAUUUCUCCAGACCGUCAUGUUCUGCGGAUACAAGGUGACAUUUAAUGUUCAAGCGCACUUUAAUACAUUAAAGCGAUGUUGAUCAUGAAUCGCUGAAUGUCCAUUUCACCUAGUGACCAUUUCCUUGGCAUGUGGAAUGCACGGCUAGUUCAGGAAAGACCAUUGAGCUCUGAUGUUACUUCAACAGUUUCCCCGCAGGUGCCGCUCGAACUAGGUAUUUACACUGGCAUUUAAGUGCUUGUGGGAUAUUGAGAGCGGCUCCUAUUGUUUUACAGUAUAUCAUUAUUUAAACGUGUCUAAUAUGAUACUUGAAUGUAAAGUAUAUGAGAAUUAUCUCGGUUUUGCUGCUUUCUGUUUUUAACCUGUUUUAUCCUUCUUUGGCUUCAUACUUUCAAUACAAAUAAAUCCCGCCCUUAGUUCUA